AUGCAGGAAGUGAAGCAUCUGACACUCUCAUUGGGGAGGACCCCCAGACCCACCAGACCCCCAGACCCACCAGACCCCCAGACCCACAGACCCACCAGACCCCCAGAUCCACAGACCCACCAGACCCACCAGACCCAUCAGACCCACCAGACCCCCAGACCCGCCAGACCCCCAGACCCACCAGACCCGCCAGACCCCCAGACCCACCAGACCCACCAGACCCACCAGACCCCCAGACCCCCAGACCCACAGACCCACCAGACCCAUCAGACGCACCAGACCCCCCAGACCCCCAGACCCACCAGACCCCCCAGACCCACCAGACCCCCCAGACCCACCAGACCCUCAGACCCCCAGACCCACCAGACCCCCAGACCCACUAGACCCACCAGACCCCCAGACCCCCAGACCCCCAGACCCACCAGACCCCCAGACCCACUAGACCCACCAGACCCAUCAGACCCCCAGACCCACCAGACCCACCAGACCCCCCAGACCCACCAGACCCACCAGACCCCCAGACCCACCAGACCCACCAGACCCCCAGACCCACAGACCCACCAGACCCCCAGACCCACCAGACCCCCAGACCCAACAGACCCCCAGACCCCCAGACCCACCAGACCCACCAGACCCCCAGACCCACCAGACCCACCAGACCCCCAGACCCACCAGACCCCCAGACCCCCAGACCCACCAGACCCGCUUCAUUUGUGUCCCCCGGACACAACAUCUAAUGACACUGCCCUUCACGUGGGUGACCUGGGUUCGAUUCUCGAGAGCGCUGCCAUGAUCAACACAUUCUACUGCGGGCAGGCUUAA